AUGGCUGAAUCCGUGUCCGCCGCAGAGGAGAUUAUCGCCAACCGCGCGUUCUUCUUUAUCGACGACUGUGCAAACUUCGCAGAAGCGACACUAAUAUUCUAUGAGUAUUGCAUCACAAUCGACAACGAGAUUAGGCUCAUAUGGCAGCGCAAGAUCUCGGGCGCGAGCGUGCUGUUCUUCCUCAACCGCUACAUCAUGAUCUUCGAUAAUGCGAUCACGGUUGGGUCGUACUGGCCGAUUAGCAACCUCUCAUGUGUGGUUCUCGGCUGGUUCGCGAUCGUGUUCAACCUGCUUCCAUACUUCAUCUGGAACGCUUUCUCGACAUUGCGCGUGUACGCGCUUUGCGGGCGCGACUGGCGCAUCGCCGCGCUCGUCUGCCUGCUUAUGACUGGGCCCAUUAUCGCUAAUGCGUACAACAUCCCGACGCAGACACCAGUCAACCUGCCGGAGCCGUACAACUGCGAGGUCAACAACGCUGUAACGGUUGCGCUGCACACAAAGAUAUCGCUGAUUGCAGGUGACGCGCUCGUGCUCGCCGUGACGUGGUGGAAGACGUACCGGCUGAAGAAGGCGGCGGACGCGGCGCACAUGAAGACGUCUAUCGUCGAGCUUCUCCUUCGCGAUGGCACGAUCUACUUCGGGACGAUGCUCGUCUUGAACGUUCUUCAUAUAAUCAUUAACUUUGUCGAGCAAGUCUCCUUCAUGGGCGACAUCGCCGACGUCCUCACUUCGAUCCUCGUCUCGCGCUUCCUCAUGAACCUGCGCGCGCUCGACGCCCAACAGACUGGACAGACCUCCACGAACGACGCGCCCGGGACGUGGCACGCCGUCCCAGGCGCGGGGGGCCACUCCGCGGGCGGUGGCUCGAUCGUGUUCGCGAGCACCGCGAGCCGCUUCGUGGAGUCGCUGGGUGGGCCGCUCGAGCAUUCGAUGCGUGCGCCAUCCGAGCCGGAGACUUCAUAUGAGGACGAGGACCGGGAGAGCGAGCUCGUGCACGAGGGAAAAGAGGAGGGGUCUCUGGCGGAAAAGGGAAGAAGUGCUUUCUAG